ACUGAUUCACACAGAGGCACGAGAAUGUCAGUCACAUGACGGGCUUGUUGUGUAGUUCCCUCUCGUCAGUUAUGCAUUUGUGUGAUCAUGGCGGAUCCGGAAGGAGAGUCACUGGAGUCAUGGCUAAACAAAGCCACCAAUCCGUCAAACAGACAGGAGGAGUGGGAGUACAUCAUUGGGUUCUGUGACCAAAUCAAUAAGGAACUUGAAGGCCCACAGAUAUCAGUCAGAUUAUUAGUACAUAAAAUCCAAUCACCACAAGAAUGGGAGUCAUUACAAGCACUAACUGUUUUAGAAGCCUGCAUGAAGAAUUGUGGGAGGAGGUUUCAUAAUGAAGUUGGAAAAUUUAGAUUUUUAAAUGAACUCAUUAAAGUAGUUUCACCUAAGUAUUUGGGAGACAGAGUAUCUGAACAAGUGAAGACUAAAGUAAUAGAGUUGCUCUACAGCUGGUCAGUUGCUUUACCAGAUGAGGCAAAGAUCACAGAGGCCUAUCAGAUGCUAAAGAUGCAAGGUAUUGUAACAGAAGACCCAGAGGUUCCUGUGGACAAGACCCUCGUUCCCUCGCCAAAGCCCAAUAAUCCAGUGUUUGACAAUGAGGAAAAGAGUAAGCGUCUUGCGGAACUUCUUAAAAGUAAAAAGCCUGAAGAUCUUCAAGAAGCCAACCGCAUUAUCAAGAGCAUGGUCAAAGAGGAUGAGGCUAUACAACAGAAAGCUUCCCAUCGUGCCAGCACCCUAGAGGAGGUGAACAACAGUGUGAAGCUCCUAAAUGAGAUGCUAAGUCAUUUCAAAAGAGAUGAGUCGACACAAGCGGACAAAGAACUUCUAACGGAUCUUUAUAAUGACUGUGACAAACUUCGAACCGCUGUCUUCAGACUCGCCACUGAGACAGAGGAUGAUGACAGUGCCUUAGGUGAUAUUUUACACGCUAGUGAUGAUCUCUCACGUGUAAUCAACUCCUAUAAAAAGAUUGUUGAAGGACAGACCAUUGUGAUUGACAUACCAGGUUCAACAGCCUCAAAACACCCCAAUGACGGAAGCUCUUCUGAGAUUUUGAUUGAUUUGGCUGAUUUGGACUUGGGGUCCCCUUCACCCCUCAAACAUGUUUUGACUCCACCCCAGCACUCGGAGUCCCUUCCUACUGACCUCCUCACACUUGCCGCUCGGCCUUCCUCUUCCAACACGUCCUCUGGAUCGUCGAGUUUCCAAAUCAGUCCUCCAUCAACCCAGCUUCCCAGCAGUCUUUCUCUUCUGGAUGAAGAACUUGGUUCAUUAGGCCUUGGUAGUCUGGACUCAAAAUCAAAUAAGUCAGCAGAAAAGAAUACAAAAGAAGCUCAAAGCAAUCAGUGGAUUUCUUCACAAACUUCUAAACCAGUGAUUGACCUCCUCUUCAGCUCUGCUCCAAUAAAUCCUCUAAUCUCAACAGCGCCACCUACCUCUGAAGCUACCUCAGUCACAAGCUUUGAAAACUCCCUCCAGCAGAGCAGUAAAGACUUUGCCAUGCUGGACGUGGACAAGGCUAAUAGCAGCCAGUCCAAAUAUUCAAGCUCGGGCGGCAGAGAACUUAGAGCUUGGGAAGAGAACAUCCAUCCUGCAUUAACCACAUUCAGUUUUCCUGCUGGAAUAACACCAGUGCCUUCUGCUGUAUCCUCUGCCAAACCUCAGAGCUUCACCCCAGACAGCCCUCUCUUCAAAUCCCUGUCUCCAACACUACCCACAAGUCACUCACCCUCAGGCUCGGACAUCUCCCUAAACACUGUCUUUGUUCCACUGGAGGCCAUUCAACCAAGCAAGGAGGGUCCAGUGACAGCCUACGAUAAGGAUGGUGUUCGUGUGUUGUUGCACUUUGCUACUGACCAUCCACCUGGUCGCCCUGAUGUUCUGGUGAUUGUGGUGUCCAUGUUGAACACAGCACCACUGUUAGUGAGGAAUGUAGUGCUUCAGGCAGCUGUGCCAAAGUCUAUGAGAGUGAAGCUGCAGCCCCCUUCUGGAACAGAAAUGGUUCCCUUUACCCCCUUCAUGCCCCCCAGUUCUAUCACUCAGAUCAUGCUCCUGGCUAACCCACUGAAGGAGAAAGUGAGAAUGAGGUACAAGCUGACAUUCAUCCUUGGAGAUCGACAGGUCACGGAGUCUGGAGAGAUAGACAAGUUCCCUCCAGUAGAAAGAUGGGGUCAUUUAUAGCUGUGUACGCACUGUUACUCAUGAAGAGAAAUGGAAAACACAGUGAGCAUCAAUGAGUCUUCGACAGUGUCUGAAAGAUAUGUUAUGUCCAGGACUUUACCUUUGACACACUGGAUGUUACAUUUAUAAAUCCCAAUCUUUGAGUAAUCCCCCAGAUGUCUUGAUAUGCUGGUCUUAGGUACUCAUUAGGUUCUGUUGUCAUUAACAUAAGCAUGUUGCUUAUAGUAAUGGGUAAUUUUAUUGUUAGCCACCACUUGACAAAUCAGCUCAUGCAGAUCACUGGACAGGUUACAAUUUUUCUAUCCUUUUAUCUCUGUUCCGUGAUGUGAUGCACCAGUUGUGUUAGUGCUUAUGUGAAUUUUAUUGAUGUUAUUUCCGAGUUUUACAUAUUUAUUUCAUUACUAUUUAUCAGAUUCUUGGUGUUUGACAUGGCUGGCCUCACUGGUUUAAAGCCAAGUUUACUUUGUCUUGUGUCAUUUAGCAGAAACUCAGUAGAUGACAGUAAUUCACACAGGGAAGUGUGGAGGGGAAAAGAGUAUGCAAAGCAUACUUUGACUUCUGUGUUUUUGGAUGUAAAGUUUCACUUUGUUUCCUUUCUUACACAACUGGAAGGAAUUGCCUAUAUGCAGAGUUGUCCGAUGUUCUUAAUUUUUGUGUGUGUAAUUGGACAGGAGGCUGGUUUUUAUUUUUUACAUUACAUGUUUUACACUUCAUUUUAGGGUUAUUACAUAUGCAAUUAUUUAUAUUAUAAAAUUUGACUUUUAGAAGAUGU